CUUUAACAAAACUCGUUCUGUUCUCUAAUCUUUGAGACAAAAUUCCUUUCAGCUCGCAGCCUCUCUGCCAAACGAAAAAGACGAAAAUGGACGGAGCUAUCGUAUAAGUACACCACGCUUCGAGCGGCCGCCGCAACCCAACUUGCCAUUGCCCGGCGGCCCCCUGAACGGAAACCUGUCGGUGCAGAGCAGCUCUUCUUGGUAAAGUACACGCCGCAACUUCAGGUGCUUAUCCCUUUCCGGUAAAAGCGAUGUGGUCCAGACGAAAUCGACAAAUCAUGGGUCUUCGGGAGAUGGUCAAUCGAGAUAUUGCUGCAGACUUGGUCGGUGGAAGGAGUGUCAAGCCUCUCUUUCGCCCUUACUCUGUUGGGUCGGCUCAGGUGGACUUUCCGAGGAAUAUUAAGAAGUCUGAGAGAAAACCGAUGGUGACGAGUGUGAAUGAACUGAAGCGGCAAGCUCGAGCUGCAAAGACACUGAGGCAGAACGUGCAGGAGAUUCCUCUAAGAGCUCCUGAAAAUGGAUUGUUGGUCAGAGAAUUGGUCCCAGUUGCACAUGAAGUUUAUGCCUCAAGAGCAGAACUUUUUGCCUGUGUUUCAGCAGUUGCUGGGAGGAUUCCAAUAUAUUUAUGCAGCUCAUGUGGUGAAGUUCAUAUUGGUGGCUCUCCUCACCAGAUUAGGACGUGUAAUGUUAAAGAUAGCUUGUCAAGCAAAGAGCAUAGUUGGAAAAUUGGGGGCAUUGAAAGCAUCCUCCCAUUGGUUGAAUCUUUUCAUCUCUAUGAUCGAGUAGGGAGAGCUGUUACACAUAAUGAAAGGCUCCAAGUUGAUCGGAUCCCUGCAAUUGUAGAGCUCUGUGUUCAAGCUGGUGUUGACCUUCCUGAAUAUCCCACGAGAAGGAGAACUGCUCCUGUUUACAGUGUUUCUGGUAGGAUCAUAGAUUUUGAGCGCAGGUUCCCAAAAAGUGACAUGCCCGGGAAAGACAUCAAUACUUACAGGUUCUGGAAUAGAGAAAAGAACCACGACAAAGAAAAGCCCGUGGACAUCGAGUCAAACAAUAUAAAAGUUACUGCUGCCCGUGGCCUGGAAGCAUGGGAGAAGAUGUGUACAGGUGCAACGAAACUCAUGACAAAGUAUGCUGUCCAAACAUGUGGGUACUGUUUGGAGGUUCAAGUUGGGCCCAAGGGUCAUAGAGUACGGAACUGUUAUGCUUACAAGCACCAGAUGAGAGACGGGCAGCAUGCUUGGCAGGAGGCAAGAAUUGAUGAUAUCAUCCCUCCAGUGUAUGUGUGGCAUGUCCGAGGCAGUUGCCUCGUUAAUGACUUGAGGAGGUAUUAUGGGAAGUUACCGGCCAUAGUGGAACUAUUUGCACAGGCCGGGGCACAGGUGGGAGAGAAGUAUGCAGACGUGAUGAGAGAAGACAUAGCAGUGCCCGAGCUGGAUGAAGACAAAUUGGUUGUGUAGAAUGAUGAACUGCUUCUGGUAUCUAUCUAAAUCAUAAGAUGCUGAGCAUCUGAAAUUUUCAAGGAUGCAUGAAAUGAGACAGAAUAUCUCCGUCUUUCGGGUUGGAGAAGAAUAUCUGUACAGGCAGAUGAAGUGGAAGUGGAAACUGGAAUAAUGUGAAGAUGGUAAAUCAGUUGAACCGAUUGUUUUUUCGAGAAAAGGUUUGACUAAUCCUCGAAUGUUGGUUGACAAAAAUGGAUGCUGAAGUUUGGAAAUGCUGAAGAUGCUAAGAGAUGAAACAGUUUCCGGAUGUAAGCUUCGACUCAUGGCUGUGACCUUUAGUAGUAGGAUGAUUCUGUCCGAUGAUUCCUUCAUUCGGAAACAAAUUUAUGACUCUACUUGGACUUGGUCAGCGAGGACAGUGUCGUGGAAGGACAUAAAAUCGGACAGGCGUAAACAUUCAAAGGCUUGCAACAGUAUGGAGAUACAUAUCAUAUUAUGAUACGCUGCAAAAGAAAGCUUCAUGUGGAACUGAAGAUUGAUUCGCAACGUUGCAGCUAGUCACUCCUUUUACUAACCCCAACCCCCUCAUCUUGCAUCCUAAUCUUAACAUAUAUUGAGGGUUUUGAGUAUUAAUGUCAUCUCUUUCAUCCCUUUCGGGCCUUUUUGAGACCUGCAGUGUAACCAGUGUUCAUCACCGACCACUUGACAGACGAGACUGCUGCCUAUAUGUAUUUGUUGCGCAAUGCAUUUCUGCAA